AGCUCCCAUUGAACAGCAGUGGACACAGCACCACGGGCAGAGCCGCUGGAAGAAGGCUAGUUUUUUGGGGCUGGAGCUCUCUGACUCCGCAGACAGACAUGUUACCGAAGACACGUCUGGGGAAGCGUUCUCCUUUUGGGGCGUUGGUGGGGAGCUCCUCCUGCCCGCCGGCGGGACCGGGCCAGGAGACGGGUGAGACCGCCGUCACCAUGGCAACGGCAGCAGGGCAGCAGGCCGUCGGCAGAGUCAAAGGUCAUCCCGGGCUGAAGGUGUAUUUUCAGUGCGAGGGGACAGGAAGUGAGCGUGCGGGCGCGGGGGAGCUGCCGAACGACCUUCCUGUCUGGUCUUCAUCUGGUCCAUCCUCCUCUUCGUCUCCGUCCUGCAUCAGAUCUGUCUCCUCCUGCAUCGACGUACCCAGAAGGUCAGGCAGUCACACACACACACAGUCACACACACACACACACACACACACAUACACACACACACACCGGACACACGCAAAACUAAACUACAAUAAAAUGAUCAGUUUAAAAUUACUUCGAGGAACAGUCUCUUAUUGCUUCAUGUUUACGUGUGUGUGUGUGUGUGUGUGUGCGUGUGUGUGUGUGUGUGUGUGCGUGCGUGCGUGUGUUUCAGCUCCUCCGAUGGACUGCAGUGGCGGCCUGCUCUCCGACAGCGGCAGCAGCGGCUACUGGAGCGUUGGCCACGGCAGCGGAAGCCCCGCCCCCUCUCCACCAAUGGCAGAGGCCGAGGCCGGCCUGGCCCCGCCCCUCGAUGGCAUGGCCACGCCCCUUGACGAAGGAUUGGACAUGGAGCUGGAGCAGGUGUUGUUCGACGAGCCAGCGCCACGGAAACGCAGGAACUCGGUGAAGACGGCGUUCAGGUGUCUGUGGCCGAGCUGCGGGAAGGUGCUGACGUCUGUGGUCGGGAUGAAACGCCACAUCAGGACAACUCACCUGUGCCGCGGCGGCGAACACGAGCGUUGUUCCCGCAGCGAGGAGGACUUCUACUACACCGAGAUUACCCAGAGGGCCGAGCAGCAGCAGUCUCCUCCUCGUGCCCCCACCUCCCCCCCCCCCCCUCCUCCACCUGCGAGCCCCCUGAGUCGCCUCCCCCCUCCGCCCAUAAGUUUCACACAGGUCCAAUCAGAUCACUCCUACCAGGCUCCGCCCCUCAGUGACAUCACGUCAGCUGAAGCGUUGACCCCGCCCCCCUGUCGCUGGACGGCCCCGCCCCCCAGCUGCCCCCGACAGGGUCUGGCGUUCCGGGUGCGCUCGGUCAGCGUAGGCGAGCAGUGGCUGCAGCAUCAGAGCGCCCCCUGCAGGAGGAUUCGCGGCGAGGCCAAGAAGUGCCGUAAAGUCUACGGCAUCGAGCACAGGGACCAGUGGUGCACCGCGUGCCGCUGGAAGAAGGCCUGCCAACGCUUCCACGACUGAACGGGCGAAGGAACGGGCGAAGGAACGGUAGCAGGAGGAGGUAAAGGACCGGAAGAAACAGGAAAGGACUGAAGCCGGCCGUAACUUUCAGCCUCACCUGGUGGAUCUUUUAUACCUUCCUGUGUUUGAAACCAGAACUAUUUUUUGUUUUGUUGUUUUGUUUUUUAUACUCUUUCUACAUUUGCUAGAUUUUGUCUUUUUUUUUUUUUUUUUUUUUAAAUGUGUCUUUUCCAAAAUGUAUUUUGUAGAUGUUGUGUCCUGUCGGUGCUUUUUCGAAGAACAUGUUGGGGCAGCUAUGAUGUGACCAGCUACGAGUUUUUGCGUCCGGCCAACUCUCCUCAGGUGUUCUUAACAAAAAACAAACAAAAAAAAACACACACACAGACACACACUCACACA